UUUAGUUCUCAGUGGAUGACGGUUGGCUUGAUAAGACCGCGAAGAACAAAACAAGACAUUUACCACCGAAAAUAAAAUAUCAGCCUCGAAUUCAGCAUAAAUACAAGCUACGCAUGCUUUGAGUCCGGAAAAAUUCAGGUGGAUUCAGUCGUCGUACGAAGAAAAGCGGCUCACUUUUGGUGAAAAAUAAACAGGAAGUUGUUAGCGUUGUGGGACGUGUAGUUCCGCUUGUAGGCCACUGGGCUUGAUAACAACGCAUAGAAUAAAGAAACAACAAUAAAAUAACUCAAACUUCACCCGAGGGCCGUGCUUCUAGUCUUGGUGCUGAAGUAAACAUGCCUGGGUUCACCUGCUGUGUCCCUGGCUGCUACAACAACUCGCAUCGGGACCGGGACCUUCGAUUCUACACGUUUCCUAAAGACACCACGCUGAGGGAGCUGUGGCUGAGGAACAUCUCCCGGGCCGGGGUCAGCGGCUGCUUCAGCACCUUUCAGCCCACAACAGGACACCGAGUCUGCAGCGUGCAUUUCGCCGGCGGGAGGAAGACAUACAGCAUCCGAGUACCGUCCCUCUUUCCUCUGCGGGGUGUCAAUGAGCGCAGGAGUCGGCGGGGCAGAGGGAGGAAAGUGUCCGCGGCGGUUACUGCCCCCGCCGCUGCUGCAACCUCCGGGAUUGUCGUCACCAGUGUGCUGGGUAGUACGGCAGAAGGAGCCGAGGGCAACGCAGGCGGUGAGGCGAGCGAUGACAGCAUCACCGUGGUUCAGAUAGGCCACAACGGAGAGUACCUGGGCACGGCGCGGCUGCCAGCCCAGUCAGAGGGGACUUGUUACACCGCCGCCGUUGUAUCCGGCGAGCUAGUUGCCGACGACUCAUCGGUCGAAACCGCGUCCACUGUGCACCAGCCGCCCGUGCAGUACGUCAGUGUGACCAGCAGCCCGCUGGACCACGCGUACUCGCUGACCACCGGCACCACGUCUGCCGAGCUGCUGCGGAAACUAAACGAGCAGCGGGACAUCAUUGCACUGAUGGAGGUGAAGAUGAAGGAGAUGAAGGCGACCAUCCGCCAGCUCCGGGUGACCGAGGCCAAGCUGCAGGAGGAGGUGCGGGAGCGGGACCGGCUACUGUACGGAAACUCGGUAGCUUUAAGCGUCCGGAAGAAAAUCUGAUGGGCGAACAUCGCCGGAGACGACCCGUUACAGAGACUCCAACUAACCGAGAUUCGAGGGGUUUGAAUACGGCAGAGCCAGCCCUAUUUUGUACAGAACUACGAACGAUGACCAUUUAUUUUCAACAAGUAGAGUUGAUUUUUCGUAGGCCUGAGGUAAAAAGUUGGCUGGCUAGUUUAUGUAGUUUAUAUUAAUAACACCAUUGCUAAUUACUUAGAAAGAUGCAGUCAUCUAUUGGCCUGAAGCCCAAACAAGGUCAAUAAUAAAUUUUAUUCAUUCAACCGGGACUUAUAGUUUGCACAGACUGACAUUUAGGCAUCCUUACACAUUUAUAACUGGACUGGUGAGGAAGAUGCUCGAAACUGCCUAGUUGCAUAGCUGAUUUUCUUUUACGAUGUGUUAUUCCCUUACUUACGAAUUUAAAUUAGGAGGUUGAUGCAAGAAACAUCUCACAGUAGAUUUGCAGAGGUAAAGUAUGCCAAGAUGAAGCAUCUAUAGGAUUUUUUUGUAAACAAAACACUAUUCUUGGCACACUUGUGUUGGUAGUCAAUGAAAUAAAACUCUACCCUGACUUUAUCUGAGUUACCUUUUAAAGGCACCCUUAAGUUUUUCUCCUUUUUAUUUUUGUGCAACAGAAAACAGACUUAAAGGAAUUCCUUAAAACUUGAAGGGGCACUCAAAAGAUGUCAUCUUAUUAAAUUGUUUCUUGAAGACAUGCAUUAAGUUACAUUUGCUCAGACUUUUUUUUUUUAAAGAUCUUAAACGAAAAAGGUUCUCAAGAUACCUUAUGCAACUUGAACAUGAAUGCCUGCCCCUGAGGUUGUUCUGUGAAACAGCACCUGCUUGAUUAAUGUGUGUGAUGUUUCUCCACACAGAAGUUUAGUGGCUGCAUUUCUCUGUCCUGUUCAUGAGUGUUUUAUGCACAGGAUGUUACAUACAUUUCUGAUUUUUGAACUUGGUCUGACAGCUAUGCUCUGCUCUCAUUUUGAAGUAAAUUUCAUUUUGAAAUAGUGCUGAUUCAGGCUGAAUAAUUUGUCAAUUCAUGAACUGUUUCCUGAUUGUGUCCAGUCUCACAGUAGUAAGUAGUGGGUCAGAAGAUCCUGGAGUAUUUUUUAUUGCUUUUACCACGUUGAAAAGGUUUUAGCUCUCCCCCUGGGUCGCAGUCACCUCUCAGUGGCUGUUGUUUGGACUUCUUUUUAAGAAAGAAGAGAAAAUGAUCCAGUUUUCCAGUGACUUGCUUUAGAAAUAUUUUUUUUAGCUGUGUUGUGGAAAAGGUAUAAAAAUCUACAAUUAUAAAGACUUGUGAUGGAAACGAAACAUGAACUCACAUCUCAACGUUGCUGCCCUGUUUCCUAUGCCCAUUGGGUGACCAGGGUAAAGUCUUACUCAAUACUUACUCUGACAGUGUUAAAGGAGUGCCCUGAUGAAGAUAUUGCCUUAUUAAGAUGAAUGUGAUAAAUGUGUGAAGUGUGCAAACCACCACUUAGCUGUUUCUUCUUUCUGAUCUUGAGAAUAUUACUUGUUGAGAAACAACACAAGGCACUGAUACCAGAUAAGGUUUCAGUGAUUGCAAUUUAGGGUUAACACUUACUAUAGAAGAUUCAUUCAUUAAUUGGUUAAGAAAUAAAAUGUCCACAAAUAAUGAAACAUGGCCAAUACAAGAUACCAGAGGAUAAAUAGAUGUCCUCAGAUUGCUUCCUUUGGUCAACAGUUGAAAAACAAAAUUAUAGGUAGUUUUUAAAGCAGCAAAUUGUUACAUUUGAAAAGUGAUGAGCUAUUUUUAAUUCAUAAAUCACAUACAGCAGUGAAUUGUGUGUCAAACUAUUUAUUUAUUCGAUCAUCUUGACUUAUAAUUUCAGAGCUAUCGUUUCAGUGUGUGUACCAUUACAGUGUAUGGUUUAAAUGAUUGUUUUUGUUUUGUUUACUUGACUUUUUCAUAGGUUGAUAGCAGAUUUGACUUACAGUAGAAACAAGUUGUGAAAUGUGUCUGAUGUUGCAGCAUGAUUUUCUCCCUCUAGAUGGCGGUGGCACAAAAGCUUGAAGAGCGGGAGGUUUAGCUCCUGUCUAUAUGGCCUAAUUUGCUUUGUGUGUGUGUGUGUGUGUGUGUGUGUGUGUGUGUGUGUUUCAGCAGCUUGGAUGGUCAUUUGCUUAAAUGUUACUCAUAUUAAAGCAGUGAAAUGUUGAAUGUCUUAAUGUGAUUCUAAAGCUGUAAUGCAGUUAUUCAACCCAAACUUAAAAUGCGUCAUUUUCAACACCUGCUGUAAUAAUGUGUCGAGAGAGAGAGAGAGAGAGAGAGAGAGGGAUGACUGGAUGGAUUGGGGAGAGACAGAGCGAGAGAGACGGAUGACUGGAUGAACAGAGAGCAUUGGAGAGAGCGAGGAUCCAGAUCUAAUCUCCUCUGGAUUUUUUUUUUUUACUCCCAACAGUGUUGCAUAAUGCCUUAAUCCAGUGCUGUCGAUCAAACUUACACAACUCUAUCUUCCUUUUCUAUGGCUGCUGCCAUUUACCACAGUAGCUUUACAUUCAGGCCAAACAACAGCUUAUCAUGUCCUAUCAUUUCAGAGUAAUUAUGUAAUGAAUUGUGUGAAUUAAGUAAAACAAUGUUCGCAA